AUGACAAUGAAUGAGUCUCCUCCACCACCCACAUCUCCAACUGCUUUACCCAUGAAGCGCUUCAAGUUCGUUUGGCGUUUUCUCUUGCUCUCCAAUCUUGCACUUGGAGCUUUUCUGUUUGCAAGGGCAAAACGGAGAGAUUCAAUGGAGAUUCAUAGAAAAAAAACAGCACAUAGAUUGCCCAAAGCCAAAGCGACUGUUGAAGUUCCUCCUGAACUCCCAACAAGUUCAGCGGACCUAAACUAUGAUGAUUUCUUGUUCCCUGUUACAAUGCCCGUCGAAGUGCGGGCUCCAAUUCCUGAAGAACAACAGUGUGAAGUUUUCAAGUGGAUGCUAGAAGAGAAAAGAAAAAUGAAACCAAAGGAUGCUAUGGAGAAAAAACAAAUUGACGCAGAAAAGGAUAUUCUUAAGCAGUUCCUGCGUGCAAAGUCCAUACCCAAGUUUUAA